CGACUUGCCUGACCUGUCGAAACAUAUCCUCAAAUCGAUCCUCGCCUGUGCUCCGUUCUUUUUAAUAACAAUGGCUUCUUCUAGCCAUCAUACUGGAAAGACCCUAAAGCGAGCCAACCCAUCGACCAUUCAGGACAAAUUUCUUGUAGGCUAUCAAGGCUGGUUUACCUGUCCAGGCGACGGAAAACCUCUCGAUCCGCACCAUCAUGGCUGGCUGCACUGGUUCACCUACCCAAUCCCUGACGGCGGACGGCCCAACACCGAUCUCUGGCCGGACGUCUCAGAGUACUCCCCGUCCGAGCUGUUCCCUGCCCCAGGCCUGAAGUACCCAAAUGGGGAGCAAGCUUUCCUCUUCUCAUCACGAAACGCGCGUACCGUCGAACGCCACUUUCACUGGAUGGCUCUCCACGGCGUGGACGGGGCAUUCCUACAACGUUUCCUCGGCCAGUGCGACCUCGAGCAGGGAAACCAGGCGAUCCGAGACCAGCGGGACGAAGUAGGUGACCUCGUUAGACAGGCUGCAGAGAAAGAGGACAGGGUGUUUGCUAUAAUGUACGACAUGGCGGGCGUUUCUCCUGACCGCAUACAACGCAUCAUCGAAAAGGACUGGAUACACCUCGUUCGGGAACAGCGGGUGCUCGAUAGCCCGAGCUACCUCAAGGAGAGGGGUAAGCCGGUCGUGACCCUAUGGGGAUUUGGCAUGAACGACCAGAACCACGACCCUGCGACUGUGCGGGCUGUAACAGACUUCAUCCGAAAUAACACGCCUGGCGGCGCAUACAUCAUGGGUGGUAGUCCUGCCCACUGGCGCACCUCCACCAGCGACGCGGAUCGUAACCCCGAAUUCGUCAAUGUUUGGCUCGAGUGCUUCGAUGCGAUAUCCCCAUGGACUGUUGGGAGAUAUGGAGAUCCAGAUGGCACAGAUUGGUUUGCUGAGCACAAUGUCAAAGGCGAUGUCGAGUUGAUCAAGAAGAGAAACGAGGAAUUCGAACAAGGCGUUCCGAAUCGAAGACACAUCGAUUAUGUCCCGGUAAUAUUGCCAGGAGGUUCGGGCUUCAACCUGUCUGAGGGACAUUGGAGCUGGAAUGGGAUCAAGCGACUCGGAGGUCGCUUCCUCUGGAGACAGCUAUGGAACUUAAAGCGGCAGGGCGUGCGCACAAUAUAUGGCGCGAUGUGGGACGAGUACGACGAAGGCACUGCUUUUAUGCCUGUAGUCUCUAAGAAGCGACAAGUGCCAGUACAUAACAAGUAUAACUUCAUGGCUCUUGAUGAAGAUGGCUACGACCUCCCUUCAGACUGGUACAUGCGCAUCGCAGGAUUCAUCGCUGAGAGCUUGCGUGGCGAACGGCUCGUGCACGAGACCUUUCCAUCGAAGGAGCUUGAUGACUACUGGUCAACACGUCCCCGCUACGAGGAGAAGACGGAUACAUAUGCGUCUGGAUCUGGAGAGAAGAAUCAAUCUUGGGAAGAGUGGCAGAAAGUCAAAGGCGCGGGAAGUGGCGCAAACGAACCGCCACCUCCACCAUAUACGCUGGAAGUGGAAGAACCGGCGGUUCCUCCUAGGCCGGCUGAAGCGGGCCCCUCAACUUCUGGCCCUCCUCCGAUCGCUCCUCGACCAGCUGACCCUACACAAUAUACGUCUCCCCCGCCAAUAGGUCCUCGACCUGCAGCAGCAGCAGCAGCAGCCGUAGGCGUUAUCGGUGCACUGAACGCAUCGCCUAGUCGCUCACCAGAACGGCCACCUGUGCCUCUCACCUCACGCCCAUCGAUAUCGCAUCCACACGCCUCGAAACCAUUAGGCAGCGCACCACCGCCUAUUCCAGCCGGCUCGCGUCCUCAGCCGCCUCCCGCCGCUCCUCGUCCGUCUUCCGACGUCUCAGGGCUCGCAGAUGAUUUCAACCGGACACACAUCUCUCUCCCCGCAUCUCCGCACAGGGACCGGCCACCUCAGCAUCCUGCGCGUCCGUCCUCGCGCCCGACGUCUCCGCCUCGCCCGGCGUCGACCUGCUCAAACCCACCCUUCCCAGACUAUGCCCCGACUUCGCACACUCCGCCUGCCGAACCACAGCGCCAAGACUCCUCAUCUUCGACGACCUUCCCCGAGCCGGCCGCGUCUUCUCCGGGACCUUGGUCCCAGGCCGCGUGGCCCCCACCCGAGUGGGAUGCACCCGCACAAGCACCUGCGCCCGCGUCGCCGACGCUCAACGUGCCGUAUACGCCCUAUCAACCACAUCAGCAUCGGUCGCACAGCCCACAGUCUCCUCAUGCGCAUGGGCAGCACCACCAGCACCAGUCAAGUUAUGGCCCGGCGUACCCCGCCGCGUCGACCUCGCCGCCGCCGCCUCCGCGCCCGUCCUCGGGGUACGGGUACGGCCCAACGCCCGCGGAGCCCGGUUUCGCGUUCCCGCAGGCACAGACAUCGUACCCUCCAGCGGAGCCGUACGGCGGCGGCGGCGGCGGAGGGUAUGGCCCGCCGCAGCCGCAGCCGUAUGCGCCCUAUGGAGGACAGCAGCAGUAUCCGUAUCCGCCGUAUGGGCAACAAGGCUAUGGAGGAUACCCCGCGAGCUCGUAUGGCCCACCUCCGACAAGUCCGGCUGGAGGCGCACCAAGCUUUCCGCCGCCGCCUACGCACCCGCCGACGGGAUGGUCGAGCUACCCUGGGCAACAGCAACAGCCGCAGCAGGGGCGUCCGCCGGGAAACAGCGGGAACAGCGGCGGCGGAUCAAGCGGACUCGGACGUAUUAGUAGCCUCAAGCAGAGCGGACUUUCGACGGGCGAGAAGCUGCUCAGUAAGUUCACGAAGCGGUAGGGGCGACAUUGUUUGAGUAGAGAGGGUCUGUCUUUCUUUGACUAGUAUGCUGUCGCGCGCUACGGACUAGAUUCAGUUUUACCUCUAGAUGCGAAUUCUUGCUCUCACAAAUGUGUAUCAUGUAGCUUGGAACUGUUUGUCCACAAUAUUGCGCUUCC